AUGCCUAUGCUAUUAAAUAAAAUACCAUUCAGAAGAAUUCAGUUACUAGGAGUUCGCAGCCCGGGCUUGUUCUGUUUUUCCACGACUGCCCCACGCUUCAGUGCUGAUAAACCUAAGACCCAAGAAGACGACGACGACGUCCUGCUUAGAGUGAAAGUGGAACCCAUUAAAAGAACAGAUGAGCCACUUGACAAAAAAACUGCCCGUUUGAUCUAUCAGUCGAGAAAGAGGGGCAUUCUGGAAACGGAUUUACUACUUUCUCGUUUUGCUGCUCAACACCUGAAAAGCAUGACCCCGGAAGAGCUAGAAGAAUAUGAUCAGUUGCUGAACGAACUGGACUGGGAUAUUUACUAUUGGGCCACCAAGAACUAUAGCGUGACUCCACUACCCAAGAGAUGGGAAAAUUCAAAAAUACUGAAAAUGCUGCAGGACUUCAGCGUCAAUAGGGAAAAAGAGAUUUUGCGGAUGCCUGACCUCUCCAAAUAUUGA